UUGAUAAGAUAACACAAUUUAAACUGGGAUUUGAUAUGAAUUUAAAUAAAUAGUAGUGAGAACUAAUGAUGGUAUUAUGACUUAGAUUUUUUUGAAUACCAUAUAAUUUGUUCACUGAUACGGUUGUUACAUAAUUACAGAAGUACAACUCACGCACAGUAGUUCGUUCUGCUUUGAAUAACUUAUCGUUUACAUUUCUUUUAUUUUAAACAUUGAAUAAUAAAUAUGUUCAAGGGUCUCGUUGGAUUAAUAACGGGAGGAGCAUCAGGGUUGGGGCGUGCAACAGCUGAACAAAUUUUAAAGCAAGGAGGAUCUGUUGUCAUUUGUGAUCUUCCUAGUAGCAAGGGUCAAGAAACUGCAAAGCAAUUAGGUCAAAAUGUGGCUUUUGUACCAGUUGAUGUGACUUCAGAACAAGAUGUAAAGGGUGCCUUACAAGCUACAGUUGAUAAGUUUGGCCGAUUAGAUGUUGUCGUUAACUGUGCUGGAAUUGCAACAUCAAGUAGGACUUACAAUUUUAAGAAAAAUCAACCCUUUGAUUUGAAGAUGUUUCAGAAAACUGUAGAGGUUAACAUUAUAGGAACAUUUAAUGUAAUCCGUUUAGCAGCAGGGCUUAUAGGUAAGAAUGCACCUGAUUCAGAUGGACAGCGAGGGGUCAUUAUCAAUACUGCCAGUGUAGCUGCGUUUGAUGGACAGAUAGGUCAGGCUGCUUACUCAGCAUCUAAAGCUGGUGUUGUCGGAAUGACACUGCCUAUUGCCAGAGAUCUUUCCAAACAAGGCAUACGAGUAGUCACUAUAGCUCCAGGUUUAUUCCGAACACCGAUGUUAGAAUUGUUGCCUGAAAAUGCAAUUCGUAAUCUGGAAGCUUCGGUGCCGUUCCCAUCUCGUCUCGGCCACCCACACGAAUAUGCGUUGCUAGUUCAGAGCAUCAUACAGAAUCCCAUGCUUAACGGCGAGACUAUACGGUUGGAUGGCUCACUAAGAAUGCAACCCUGAUUUUUAUAGAAAUACAAUUUUAUACUAA